GUACAUGCACAAGCAGACUCUGCAACCCACCACCACGACCCAACCUUCGCAGUCUGCUGCCGUCUUCGCAUCGCCGAGCAUGAGCCUCGGCUCCCCCUAAAUCAUUCGGGGCACCUCGACGGAAUCUAUAGACACCGCGCGCUGUGCCUCUUCCGGACUCUAUCCGCCCAACAUCCGCCAUCAUGAACAUCUCCCAGCCCGUGGCCUCGGCCAUCGCGGCUGUCGACUUCGACUUCCUCACCCCUCGCGAGAUCAAGUCUAUGUCUGUCAAGAGGAUCGAGAAUCCGACGACAUUCGAUACUCUGCUGAACCCCAUUCCCGGAGGCUUGUACGACCCGGCUUUGGGGGCCUGGGCCGAUUCACUCUGUACAACAUGCAACCUCGGCCCUGCGACCUGUCCCGGCCACGCCGGCCACAUCGACCUUCCGGUUCCAUGCUACCAUCCAGUCUUCAUGGACCAGGUCUUGCGCUUGCUACGUGCCCAGUGCCUUUACUGUCACGGGUUUCGCAUGCGCCGUGUUGACCUCGAUCUCGUCGCCUGCAAACUGCGCCUGCUUCAAUACGGUCUCACGCGGGCCGCCAAUUACCUCGACGAAAUCACUCCGGAGACGGAGGGCAUCGAGAUCGCCGAUGGGCCUGCCGACGAUGUCGACGAGGAUACCGUCGCGGACAAGGUCAGCCGCAUGUACAAAGCCUACACAGAAAAGGCUCUCCGCGGUCAUCGAAUUUCAAAUGAGGACAUUCGGUCGGGGAAGCAUGAGGGUGCUUCCGAAACACGCCGGGAGGUGCUCAAGGCCUUUUUCAAAGACAUGACUGUCGGACGGCUUUGCAAGUCUUGCAACGGAAUUUCUCCCAGCUACAGAAAGGACAAAUUUGUCAAAAUCUUUGAGAAGUCUAUCAGUCUCAAGGAUCAAGCCAAGAACGCCAUGCGCAAUUUGAAGCUCAAGGAUGCCCUCGUGAUCCGCACAAACGCCAAAGCUGCUGCGGCGAAGAAGCCCUUUGGUGAUGACCACGAUGAAGGCGUGGCCGACAUUGAUUCUCAAUCUGACGAGCAAGAAGAUAAUCAAGAUGAGGAGGGUACGGGAGACGAGCUUGAUGAGAACGGCGACAUCGUCAUGGGUGAUGCUACCAUCAAGACACCUAGCAAGUCUAACAAAGGGCAGAAGCCUGCAAGCUUGCCCCAACGCUAUGUCAGUACGGUUGAGAUCCAGGAGCGCCUCCGCCUUCUCUUUGAAAAGGAGCAGGAGAUCAUGGCUCUGGUCUACAACGCCCGGCCGAAUGACCCUUGCAGACCGCAGCCACCAAUCCUGGCGGACAACUUCUUCAUCCAGACAAUACUCGUCCCGCCAAACAAAUACCGGCCUGAGGCGCGCCAGGGCGAGGGCCAGAUCACCGAGGCUCAGCAGAACUCCCUCUAUAAGCAGAUUCUUACUGCUUGUGGGAGGAUACAACAGCUCCACCGCGAAAUGUCGACAACUCGCGACCCAGAUAUGGACAGCGUCGUUCGGCAUCGCAACAUGUCGGAAAUGCACGAGGCCUGCGUUCAACUUCAGGAUUGUGUCAAUUCGCUCAUCGACCGCGACAGGAACCCUAUCCGAGGUGCUGCUGGGAAGCGCAACGAGGAUGGUAUCAAACAGAAACUGGAGAAGAAAGAGGGUCUUUUCCGCAAAAAUAUGAUGGGGAAGCGUGUCAACUAUGCCGCUCGCAGUGUCAUUUCACCAGAUCCGAACAUCGAAACCAGCGAGAUCGGCGUGCCACCCGUCUUUGCCAUGAAGCUAACGUACCCCGAGCCCGUCACGAGCCACAACUUCCGUGAGAUGCAGCAAGCGGUCAUCAACGGUGCGGAUAAGUGGCCCGGCGCGGCUGCGAUCGAGAACGAGAACGGCCAGAUCAUCAAUCUCAAGAACAAGUCCGCCGAAGACCGCGUUGCCCUCGCCAACCAGCUGUUGGCCCCUACAAGUCACACUUAUAGCGGCAUCAAGGGCAAGAAAGUGCACCGUCAUCUGGGCAAUGGCGACGUUGUCCUGAUGAACCGACAGCCGACACUACAUAAGCCGUCCAUCAUGGGUCACAGAGCCAGGGUCUUGCCUGGCGAGAAGACCAUUCGUAUGCACUACGCCAAUUGCAACACAUAUAACGCCGAUUUCGACGGAGAUGAGAUGAAUAUGCACUUUCCACAAAACGAGGUGGCGCGUGCAGAGGCCAUGAACAUCGCUGAUACGGAUCACCAGUAUUUGUCUGCUACUGCUGGCAAGCCAUUGCGAGGUCUGAUUCAAGAUCACUUGUCUGUCUCAGUUGCUCUUUGCAACAAAGACACUUUCUUCGACAAGAACGCGUAUCACCAGCUUGUGUACAACGCUCUGCGGCCGGAAAGCGGACACAUCACAAGUGAACGCUUGCAACUCGUUCCCCCUGCCGUCUUGAAACCUGUCAAGCGGUGGACCGGAAAGCAGGUCAUCACUACGAUUCUUAAAAACAUGAAGCCAGCUGGUUGUGGAGACCUCUGGCUGACUGGCAAAUCUCAGGUCGGCCCUACCCCGUGGGGCAAGUUCACAGAAGAAGGUUCUGUCUUGAUCCAAGAUGGCGAGUUCAUCACAGGUAUUCUAGACAAGGCCCACCUCGGUCCUGCCGCCGGAGGCUUUAUCCAUUCCAUUCACGAGGUUUGGGGUCCUGAGCUUGCUGCUAAGCUCUUGAGCUGUAUGGGUCGCAUGCUGACGCGCUACCUCAAUAUGCGGGCUUUCACAUGUGGCAUGGACGAUCUCGUGCUUACUCCCGAGGGCGAAAGACUCCGGAAAGAGACCCUCAAGGAGGCCGAUAAAGUUGGUCUCCAGGUGGCUGCCAAGCAUGUCAGCUUGGGUGAUCAACCUGGCAUUGAUGGCACACAUCCACUCCUGCUAGAGCGACUUGAAGAAGUCAUGAGAGAUGAUUCCAAACAAGAAGGUUUGGAUCACAUGAUGAACUCUGGCUCUCGACUCGUUUCAAGCGCUGUGACCCAAGCCUGUCUCCCUGCCGGCCUCGAGAAGAAGUUUCCGAAAAACCAAAUGCAGUCUAUGACUAUCUCCGGUGCAAAGGGUAGUUCCGUCAACGCCAACCUCAUUUCCUGCAAUCUGGGUCAGCAGGUUCUGGAAGGUCGCCGGGUACCUCUCAUGGUCAGUGGCAAGUCGCUACCUUGCUUCAAACCUUUCGAGACACACAUUCGGGCUGGCGGUUAUAUCGUCAACCGCUUCUUAACAGGAAUUCGACCGCAAGAGUAUUAUUUCCAUCAUAUGGCCGGACGCGAAGGUCUCAUUGAUACCGCUGUGAAGACCUCGCGUUCCGGUUAUCUGCAGCGUUGCCUGAUCAAGGGCAUGGAGGGCUUGAAGGUCGCAUAUGACACGUCAGUCCGAGAUGCUGAUGGUACGAUGGUCCAAUUUCUGUACGGAGAAGACGGUCUGGACAUCACGAAGCAGAAGUACCUCAAGGAUUUCUCUUUCGUGCUUCGUAAUCAGACGUCCCAAAUUCAUCAGCUUGGCAUUGGCGAGCGUGGUUGGGAACAAGAUGUUUACAACUCAAAGGACUUUGCGCAAAAGUAUCUCAAGAAGGCCGUUAAGCAGGCGAAAGCGAAUGAUCCAAACACUCUGGAUCCGAUCAUGACAGAGCUCAAUCCGAAUCGGCAUGCCUUUGCUACGUCAGAAAGCUUCUAUGAGAAGGUCACCGACUACGUCAAGACCAAUGCCGACAAUCUCAUCAAGGAGAAAGGAGACAAGAGUGCCAAAACUUCGACUAGCAAGACACCUUUGGUGCCGCGCAAGUAUGCCGAAAAGAUUUUCCACUCGAAGUACUUGAGCUCUUUGGUUGAGCCUGGCGAGGCUGUCGGAAUCGUUGCCGGACAAUCCGUUGGAGAGCCUUCUACUCAAAUGACUCUGAACACUUUCCAUUUGGCAGGACACUCGGCCAAGAAUGUCACGCUCGGUAUUCCCCGUCUACGAGAGAUCCUCAUGACAGCUAGUGAUCACAUUUCUACGCCUUCCAUGACUUUGAUCCUCAACAAAGAGCUUUCGGAGGCCGAGCGCGAAACAUUUGCCAAGGCCAUCAGUAUCCUGCCGCUCUCCCAUGUCCUCAACCAAGUCGUUGUCAAGGAGCGUAUGGGCAGAGGCGCCGGACAUGCCAUUGCCAAGAUGUUCGACGUGCGCCUCGAGUUUUUCCCCUCUGUGGAGUACCGUAAAACUUACGCCAUCAGCACAUCUGAUGUGCUCAAGACGGUGGAAAUGAACUUUCUCAGCAAACUCGAGGCGGCCAUCAAGAAGGAGAUCAAGGCAAAGUCAGAGGCUCGGGACGUGCCUGAUGUUGGUACCUCGUCAGGCACAAUAGAGCAAGCGCGUCCAGACGCAGUGGUUGAACGUGACAUCGAUGACGAUGAUGAUGAUGACGACAUUGGCGACGGAGACGCCACAAAUGACAAGCAGAGGGCGAAUCGCGCCCAAGCUGUUUCCUACGGGGCCAACGAUGAUGAAGAUGACGAGAUCCAACGGCAGAUGCGCGAAGGCACACCUGAAGAUGAAGACGCAGACGGUUUCGAAGACGAAGGCUUUGGCGGCAGCCCGCCUGUCUCAUCAGAUGAUGAAGACAGCGACAGCAACGCAGUAGACGGUGAUGGAAAACGCAGGUCCAACGACAAAACAAGCCGUGGUCGAGAAGCACGUGUGAAAGAAAGGAUUCCGAUGGUAUCGCGUUUCGAGUGCGACGAGAGGAAGGGCGAGUGGUGUGACUUCACCCUCGAGUUCGACUCCAACAUUCCCAAGAUCCUCAUGUUGAACAUGGUGCAGGAUGCAGCACGGAAGGCGCUUGUGCAGCAAAUCCCGGGCAUUCGAUCGUGUACCUACGUGGCCGAGGACGAUGUCUUUGAUAUUCGCACCGGCAACACGGAGAAAAAGCCAGUCAUCCACACUAACGGGGUCAACCUGGUGGCCAUGCAGAACUACGGCGCCUUCAUCAACCCGAACGCAAUCCAGACCAACGAUAUCGCCGCCGUUCUCAAGACUUAUGGUGUUGAGGCUGCUCGAACCAACAUCAUCAAGGAGUUGAGUGGAGUCUUCAGCGGCCACGGUAUCGGUGUGGACCCCCGUCACCUGAACCUCAUUGGCGACUACAUGACCAGGAAUGGCGGCUUUACGGCCUUCAACCGCAUUGGCCUAAAGGGCAAUGUAAGCCCAUUCACCAAGAUGAGUUUCGAGACCACUCUCGGGUUUCUCAAGGACGCAGUCCUAGACGGCGACUGGGACGAUCUCACAACGCCUAGUGGCAGGAUUGUCAUGGGCAAGCUCAGCAAGGUCGGCACGGGAGCCUUUGAUGUGCUGACUCGUGUACACGCCAAAAAUGGCAAGGGCCAUCUCAUGUGAUGCAGGAAUGGUUGGUGAUGGGGAGCUGCUGGGAUGCAGAUUGAGGGUCGAGCUGAGGCAUGUGUGGCGUUCAUGUAGGCGCAGGUGAUUUCGGCGAACCAAAUUGUGUUUUUAAGUCUUGCGUCGUGCUCUCAAUAUUAUCUCCGGCUGUGGAAUAGAUUUGUAUGAUUGUCUACAAGAGUUCUGGUACAUGAGGAGUGAAGGCACUUUCAUGGACGGGGACCUGCUUUAGCUGUCACACCCGGAACUGCCCGCGACUGCAUCAGCGUCAGCCUCAGCCUCGGCCUGAAGUCAUCACGAGCGACAAUAAAUCCUUUGUAUUGUCACGUGUUGUGAGGACAUCCCUGAGGUUGCGGUGUAAUGCCGGGACUCGGGCUUUCGCCUCUUAAGUCGAUCUAGCGGUGCGGGGGAAUUCCUCGAGCGCGGAAUUUGCCGCUCAUGUACCACAGCUGUGGCUGGCAGAC